AUGAAAUUUAAACUAUACAUCUUCUUCUCUUUACUUACAUUACAUUAAGCUACAACAUUUUCAACUAUAAAAUGUACUUGUGAACAAUUACUAUCCCAAAAUGACUGUUUGACUAAUAAAUGUACAUGGGAUUAAAAUAAAUGUGUCAUUAAUUUAGAUACUCCUGUGGAGAUUAAUACAAUUGUUACAUAUUGCACACAAUUUGAGGAUUAAAUUUGUUAAUAAUAGAUUGGUUGUGCAUGGAUUGAUAAACAAUGCAUUCCUUUCAUUGGUUGUAGUGCAUAUGCAUAUACAGGACAUGAGGAAUGCCAAUAUAUUUCAAAUAAAUGUAUUUCAGAUGGAGUGCAUUGUAUUGAUUUAGCAUAGUGCUAAGCUUAUAAAACAGAGAUAGCAUGUGUAAAGAAUACAAAUAAUAAAGUUUGUUAUUGGAAUAUAGAUAAAUGUUAAGACAUUUAAGAGUGUUCUCAAAUAUCAAAAACAUUAUAAAGUGAUGAAGAAUGUAGAUUUUAAAUGUCAAAAUGUACAGUUUCAGAAUAAAGUGGUUGUGUAGAUAGUGGAGAUGCAUGUUCAAAUUAGAAAUUAGAGAAAUAAUGUAUUUGGGAUAAAAGUAAAUCAUAAUCUUGUGCAUGGAUUAGUGAUAAAUGUGUGAGUAGAAUAUGUUAGAAUGCUCCUGUAACUUAUACUACAUUUGAGUAAUGUAAUGAAUUUCUGUCUACUUGUACUGCUUAAUUAAAUGGAGGAUGUAUAAAUAUAAGUUCUUGUGAGAAUAUAAAGGUUGAAUUGGGUUGUGUUAUGAAUAUGAAUAAAUAGCCAUGUAUUUGGAUUGACAACAAUUGUUUAGAUAAAUAAUGUUCGAAAGCUCCUGUUAAAUUCAAUACAAAUGAAUUAUGCAAGAAAAUAAAUAAUAAUUGUAUAACAACAUUAAAUGGAUGUGUAGAGUAAUUAUCUUGUGAAUCUUCAAAAACAUAAAUAGGUUGUAUAGAUAUGAUAGAUGGUACUAAAUGUUAUUGGAAUGGAUCUAAAUGUGUUGAUAAAACAUGUUAAAAUAACACAACAAUAAAGACUGAAGCUGAAUGUCAAUUAUAUUCUAAUAAUUGUAUUUUAAAUGUUACAGUUUAAAGUGGUUGUCUUGACAAAAUUUGUGAAAAUAUUGUAUAAGCUGAAUAAUGUACAAUUGAUAAGUUCAAUAAUAAGUGUUCUUGGAAGAGUACUUGUUUUACUAAGAGUUGUAAUACAGCUCCAAAGACAUUCACAACAAAUAAUGAAUGCUAAUUAUAUAUGAAUUCUUGUGUUUUAGAUACAUCUGGAAAUGGAUGUAUGAAUAUAAGAUUAACAUGUUUGGGAUAUGUAUCAGAAAAGUCUUGUUUAAUAACGAAAGGUGGAUAAUAUUGUCAUUGGUAGGAUAAGUAAUGUAUUGAUAGAACAUGUAGUAUGGCUAGUGUAAGUAUGAAUAGUACUUAACAAUGUUAAAUAUUUAAACCAGAUUGUAUUUUAUCUAACAAUUCUCGUGGAUGUAUGGAUAUGACAUAAAAUUGUGAAGAUAGAAAAUUAUAAGGUAAUUGUUAAUAUGGUGAUAAACCUAUUUGUAUAUGGAAUAUAAAUAGAUGUGUUAUAUAAUCAUGUGAAACUGCAAAUAUAGUUGGUUCACCAAAUUAUUUGAGUUAUUUUGAUUAAUAAUCUUGUCUUUCAUAUAUGGAUAAUUGUAUACCAAACAAUUCAGGCAAUGGAUGUAUUACAAAACCAUAAUCAUGUACUCAAUUAAGUAUUAAUAAUUGUAUUAUUGCAUAAUAAAAUGAUUGUAUUUGGAUAGGUGGAUAAUGUAAAGAUAAAAUAUGUAUAAAUCUAAUUGGAUCUUCUCAUUAAGACUGUUAAAUAUAAUUAUCUAAUUGUACAGUAAAUGGAAAUUUAAAUAGUUGCAUUCCAUUAUCAUCUAAAUGUUCAUCUUAUACUUAAUAAUAAUAAUGUUAUUUAACAUCUAAUAAUGUAUAAUGUACUUGGAAUGGUACUCAAUGUAGAGAUGCUAUAUGUAGUGAUGCUAUUGAUUCAUCUGAUUAUGAUACAUAUGAAGAAUGUAAUUCACUCAAUUCUAUUUGUACUGUUGUUAGUAAAGUAGGAUAAUAAGGAUGUGUAGAGAAAUAUUCAACAUGUGAAAGUUACAAUUAAUAAUAUUAAUGUCAUUCAUCAUCCAAUUCUAUUAAAUGUAUUUGGAUUAAUAAUUCAUGUUAAUAAGUUUAGAAUUUGACUUGUGGAGAUAUCAAAAUUGCUAUAUAUGAUGAUAUUAAUUGUAGUAAUAUAUUAUCUAAUUGUAAAUCAAAUAUAACUUAAACUGGAUGUAUUAAUAAAGCAUGUACAGAUUAUAAUUAUACUACUAAAAGUGAUUGUGAAUAAUUAACAGGAUGUACUAUUAAUGCUGAUUUUAAUAAAUGCAUAAUUAAAUAAUAAAAAUGUUCAUCUUAUAGUUCUGAUUCAACUUAAUGUAAAUAUUCUGAAGAAAAAGGUGAAUGUAUAAUGAUUGGUCUUGAUUGUUUACACACUCAUUUAGAAUGUAAUACAAUUACAAAUCCUAUAAAUGAUAAUGAUUGUUUUAUAAAAAGAUCAUUUUGUAAAAUGUAGGUAACUGAUUAAGGAAAUAAAUGUAUUUAAAGAAAUUGUAAUGAAUAUAGUGGUAUUACUCCAACAUCAUUUAGUAUUUGUUAAGAAUAUGAUUAUUCUUGUAUUAAUACUAGAGAUAAUAAUGGAUGUAUUGAAAUGAAAUAAUAUUGUAAUGAUGCAGUAGAUGCUUCAUGUGUUUAUGCAAAAGAUGAAGGACUUUGUAAAUAUAAUGGUACAAGUUGUGUAGCUGUUGCUACUGCCAAUACUAAAAAUUGUAAUUUGAUUGUAGAAGUUGGACUUACUUAUCAGAAAUGUUAAGAAUAUUCAAAUAAUUAUUGUAGUGUAAAUAGAUCUAAUUCUGCUUGUGUGAAUAUUAAACCAUAAUGUUCUGAAUAUACUAAUAUAUAAGAUUGUUAUUAAUCAACAUCAGGUAGAUGUAUUUAAAGUCAAUAAAAUGAUAUUGGUGCAUUAUGUAUUAAUGUAAUCGAUUCAACUUAAUGUAAUAAAUUAUUUAUUGGAUAAUCUAGUAUUUACAAUCAAUCUAUUUGUGAAUCUUUGAAAAAUACUUGUACAAAUAAUUCAAAUUCUGGUUGUAAAGAUAAAACUUGUUAAAAUACUAAUACAUUAUUUACUACACAUGAUCAAUGUAAUAAUUGGUUAAAUAUAUGUACUAUUAAUACAACAUAUAAUGGAUGUAUUGAAAUGAAAUAAACUUGUUUAGAAUAAAAUAUUAAUUCUUGUUUAUAAGCAAUUGAAGGUUAAUGUAUUGUAUAUGAUAAUAAAUGUAUGAAAUUUACAUGUUAAAAAUUGUCUAAUACAUUAACUACACAUACACAAUGUGAAACAAUAAAUAAUUAAUGUACUGUUGCAACAUUUGGAGGAUGUAUUGUUAAAUCUAGUAAUUGUAAUAAUUACAAAACAUUAUUAUAAUGUCAAUUUAGUCUAGAUGGUAAGAAAUGUUGGUGGAAUCAAUAUAAUAUGACAUGUGUUAAUUUAUAAUGUAAUUUAAUUGAAUAAACUACAGAUUAUAAUACACAUAAUAAAUGUUAUAAUGCAUCUUCAUUUAUUAAAUGCACCUUAUCAUCAAAUGGAAUUGGUUGUCAAUAAUUAAAGACAUGUACUGAAUAUACAAUACAAGGAUAAUGUGUUAUUGAUAAAUAUAAUAAAUAAUGUGUUUGGAAUGAUAAUUUAAAUCCUAGUAUUUGUUAAUUGAAAUCUUGUGAAGCUGCAUCAUAUACAUUUACAACUCAUGAUGAAUGUUAAGCAUUUGAUUCAAUUUGCACAGUCUAAAUUAAAUAUAAUAAUGAUACAUCUACUUAAAAUUAUAGUGGUUGUUAGAACUUAAAUAUAAAUUGUUCUGAUUAUUAAUUUGAAUAAUAAUGUUACUUAAAUAAAAAUAAUAAAUUAUGUAAAUGGAUAGAUAAUUAAUGUAUUGAUUUUGGUUGUAAAACUGCUCCUCAAACAUCAGAUUAUUCUACUCAUGAAAAUUGUUAAUCUUAUUUAAAUACUUGCACAGUUAAUUCUGAUUUAUUAGGUUGUAUGACAAUACCAAAUAAUUGUUCAGAUAUCUUCUAUCAAAUUUAAUGUAUUAAAGAUAUUAAUAAUAAUGAAUGUUAUUGGUAUGAUUCAAAAUGUCAAUUAAAAACAUGUGAAAAUGCUCCAAAUGAUAAAAAUACUAAAACAUUAUGUGAAUAAUGGUUACCAUAAUGUACUGCUGAAGAUACUAAUAAAUGUAAAACCAUCACUUGUGAAGACUAUCCAUAUACUACUGAUUUAGAAUGUAGAUAAUAAAUGUCUUAUUGUACAACUGAUGGUAUUAAAUGUGUAACCAAAGGUUUAUGUGCUUAAGCAUUAAGUGAAAUUGCAUGUGAUAAAUCAAUCAAUAAUGAAUAAUGUUAUUGGAAUAAGACUUAUUGUACUUUAAAGCAAUGUAAUAUAAUAACCAAAGAAAUUGAUUGUACUAAUAGUUAUAAUAAUAUUCAAUGUAUUUGGGAUAAUAAUAAAUGUAGAAACAUUGGUGAAUGUUAUGAUUAUAAUGGUACAUCUCAUAAAGAAUGUUAAUCUAUCAAUAAAUUAUGCACUAUUGAUGAUAACAAAAAAUGUAGAAAAAUUAGAUUAUGUAAUGAUUAUUCAAAAUAAAUAUAAUGUAUAUUGGGAUUAGAUGGACCCUGCUUAUGGAUUCAAUAAUUAAAUAUUUGUCAUUAAUAUACAUCUUGUAAUAGCAUUAAGUUUCAAACACAUAAUGAAUGUUAAUAGAUUUCAAAAUUAUGUACAACAGAUGGUCUACAAUGUGUCCCUCUUACUCUUUGUUCUGAAACCAAUACUAAUGGAGGUUGUGUUGAAGGCAUUGAUGGAAGUUGUAUGUAAACAGUACCUGCUUUGAAUUCAAUUCAACCACCAAUUUGUAAACUCUUUACAAGUUGCCUAGAAGCAUAUUAUAUAACUCAUAAUGAAUGUCAAAAUGCCAAUAAAAAUUGUACAACUAAUGCAAUGAGUGGUUGUAUUAAUUUGAUGGAAUGUUCAUAAUAUCAGAGAUAAGAAUCUUGUUAAUUAGACAUUAAUGGAGUAUAAUAUCAAGACAAUCUUAUCAUUUCCACAGGUAAAUGCAUUUGGGAUAAUGGUCUAUGCAGAAAUUAAAUUUGCUCUGAUUUUAGUGGUAUUACUAAUGAACAAUGUAAUAAGUUUUUAUCAACUUGUACAUUUAAUGGAGUGAAAUGUAUUCCAAAAUAAAAUUGUUAUUAAUAUACUUCAUCAACUAUGUGUAGUAUUGCUUAUGGAAUAGAGGGUAAAUGUAAUUGGAAUGUAGCACUUGAUAAAUGUUUAAAAUUAACUUGUGAUGAUAUUUAAAAUGGAACUACAUUAGCAUUAUGUUAGAAGACUUUAUCUAAUUGUAUUACCAAUGGAGUAAAUUGUAUUAAUAAAGAUACUUGUUCUAGAUACAUUACUAAAAUUGCUUGUAAUGUAGGAGGUACAGAUGGUAUUUGUGUUUGGAAUGCUAAAACUUCUAUAUGUUCUUUAAUGAUGUCAUGUACUCAAGCUGAUAAUGAUUAAGAAGCUUGUUUAUAAGCAAGUGAUAGAUGUGCUAUCAAAUAUGCUACAAGUCAAUCUACAAGUUCUUGUUAUACUCAUACUUGUGAAACUUAUUUAAAUAGUAAUGGUUUAUGCAAAUCUUUCUAUAAUUGGAAUUAUUCUUCAAAAACAGCUUGUUCUUUUAGUUAAGGUAAAUGUGCUGAAAUUGAUCUCUCUAUACUUACCGAAUAACAAUGUUUAACAACUUCAGAGUAUUCAUUUACUUGGAAUACAAACAAAAACAUAUGCCAAUCAUGUAUUGCCCAACCAAAUAAUAAUAAUAACAAUAGUAAUCAAACGAAUACAAGUUCAGAUGUUAUAACACCUACUUAGACUAUUGAUUUUGGAUAUAUGAUACAAAGUAUAAUGUAUCUCUAUUUGAUUUCUAAUUGA